AUGGGGUUGAGGGAGGUGGAGUCCACAUUGCCGCCGGGGUUCAGGUUCUACCCCAGCGAUCAGGAGCUCGUCUGCCACUACCUCUACAAGAAGGUCGCCAACGAGCGCGCCUCGCAGGGGACGCUCGUCGAGGUCGACCUCCACGCACGCGAGCCAUGGGAGCUUCCCGACGUGGCGAAGCUGACGGCGAGCGAGUGGUACUUCUUCAGCUUCAGGGACCGCAAGUACGCGACGGGGUCGCGCACGAACCGGGCCACCAAGACCGGCUACUGGAAGGCCACCGGCAAGGACCGGGAGGUGCGAAGCCCGGCCACGCGCGCCGUUGUCGGCAUGAGGAAGACGCUCGUCUUCUACCUGGGCCGCGCCCCCAACGGCGCCAAGACCAGCUGGGUCAUGCACGAGUUUCGCCUCGACUCGCCGCACCUGCCACCAAGGGAGGACUGGGUGCUGUGCAGGGUGUUCCAGAAGCAGAAGGGGGACGGCGAGCAGGACAACGUCCGCUCCUCCUCGCCGACCUUCGCCGGCUGCUCCCAGGCAGCGCAGGAGCCGAUCCCAGUGAUGGACGCAAGCAGCGAGCAGAUGGCCUUCAUGCCGCAGCAGGAGGAGGUGACCUGUGGCUCGAACCCGCUGGCCAUGAACGCGGCGAUAUGGCAGCAGUACAACUCGGUUCUUCUCGACCAGUUCCCGCAGGAGGAGAUGGUGGGCAGCUCGCCGGCGAUGGGGAUAGGGGCCAGAGGAGGCGUCGGAGAUGAGUGCGAGUUCUUCCUCGGCUCGGGCUUCGAGGACAUGGCGAGCUUCGGGGGCAUGAGGUUCCCGCAGGGGUGGAGUUGA